UCACAAACUUUCAAGCACCACUGUGUAGUAUCUUUACGUAUCCUGAAUUAGAUGAUCAUAUAGUGUCCCUCAUUGUCCAUCCCUCUUAGACUGUUACACAGCGCCUCUCUUUUCUUAUUAUAUUGCGACUUUUCCUGUCUGUGUCUCUCUGCCCAUCAUAUAGCACCUUUCACACUAAAUCUCAAGCUCCUCUCAAAUGCCAGGCCAACUCAGGCUGCUCAACGCGCCACCAGCUACCCUGGCAGUGUACACAAGCAGUGCAGUUAAUGCCACACGUUUCCGCCUUGCGGCCCCCAGUCACAGCCACUCUCUCCAGCACCUGGCAUCUCCUCAGACUCUGCUGACACUGCCACCAGUAGACCACCUUCAUUGGGCACAGUGCGCCUGUUUAAAGACUUUGUCCUGGUGGAGGGUGAGUGUCUACUAACUAUGAAGCAGGGGAGUCUCACAUUCAACACACAAUAUUGUAAUGGCGCAGUCAGCCAAGGAUGGCGUCAUCGGUGGUAUGAGUGGGCAUCCCGUGCCGAGCAGCUGCAGUGCCAAGCCUGCCACAGUGGUGUCGUCUCCAUUCUAGUGUGGCUAAGUGAGCUGUUCAGGGCAGUGUGGUCCGAGUGAGGCUUUCUCCUUUGUUCAGCUUUGAGGAAAUGAGAAGCUACUGUGGGCGCCAGCGCCCCCUCUCGUCCUGAGGUGGCACUGCUUACCUCCUCACAGCGUCAAAGGUGGUCCCCAGGCACACACAUGCGUGGUCCAUCUGUUCACACAGCUAUUUACCUUCCAUUCUGUUUUAAAGAUCAUUCUGACAGUUGUAGUCAGCGGGGAGCUGAUAUAAAGUGAAGUAACGUAAUGUAAGUGAAGUUUAUUAGAGCUUUUCACAGAGACGCUCACAAAGUGCUUUACAAGUGACAAACCAAGUUAAAAAGAUAUAAAGUAAAAUGAUACACAAGACAGAAAUAUCCAAAGAAACAAACAAUGUUAGCCAAAGAAGUUUUUUUUUAGCAGAUAUUUAUAAUUGUCUGCAGAGUCGGCACACUGCAGGGCCAAUGGAAGAACAUUCCAGAAUUUUAGUACACUAAGCCCCUAAAAGCUCGGUCAGCAUGGGGCUUCAGUUUGAUCAGGGACUUGAAGUUCAGACACUGGACUUAAGGGACCGGUUUGCACAGUAUCGAUGAGGUAGGUCCACAGUCUGUUUGGGUUUCAAAUGAAAUCUCUAACAGUAACGGGAAGCCAGUGAAGGGAGAUUAAAAUUUGGGUACAUGAGACCCUCUGUUGGACUCUGUCAAAAGCAAUGCAGCAGCAUUUUGGACUUUGCAUUACAGCAGUUUAAAUAAAAGAAUGAAGCAGCAUUUCCAUCUCAGACUUUUACGCAACCGUUUCUGUUGUGGCAUUUGAACGGCUGGUAUUAAAGGGGGCACGGGCUGGGCAAGGGGCAUGAAGGACAGUGAGGACUCCACUGGUGCUACGGGGGUUUGUAUUGAUGCCAGGCUGAAGGUGCGCGAGAGAGUAAAGUCUAAACAGUGGGCCCGCAGGAUCACCUUACCAAUUGUAAUUUAUUAACUAACAUUAACUACGGAAUAGCAGAAGAGGAACCCGAGGUGUCUGCAGCCAGACGGACAUGCGCACUCCAAAUUGUCGGGACAGGAGCCGCAGUGGCUGUGAAUGGAAACGCCGAAACGGGGGGGGGAUUGAGACGUGUAACAUUAUGCUUGCGUGUUCAUUGGCUGACUAAAAGUUCAUCUUUAACAUGCCUUGUGAAUGUCAAAUUAUUGGUGUGCGCAUUUUGUCUGGCGAGGAAAACUUUUAAACGGAUCGCAUGCACGGGCUCAGGGAGGAUUAUUCCGGCGUAGAUCCGAUGUGGACGGGAUGGUCCGUUAUGGAGUUCUGAAGAACAAAUUGAUAUGAAGUCGAUCAUUUGAGCAGCUCCACCUAAAGCAAGACAUUGGAUUACGUUUGGACGCGGAUUGACAAUUGGAGAUCAGUUAUUUGCCUGGCAGAGUUUCGGUGCGCGAAGGCCGCAUUGCUGGAGAAUCCAUCCGGGGUCCGAGUGCGAAUCGUCCGCUGCAGAGAGAGAGAGAGAGAGAGAGAGAGAGAGAGAGAGAGAGACCACCCAGUCCUCGGGGGAACGCCAUUCGCCACCGACUAAGAUGAUUGAGAUGCGUGCCUCACGAAGACACCUGUGUGUGGUGCUUUUGGCUGCGGUGCCUCUGGCGUGCUUCUUCCUCUUCACGUGGUCCAUGAAGCCCUACAGCGUAGUCAACAUCCAUUAUGGGACUAGGGGGAACCCAGAGCCCGAAGUGCACAUCCCAUCCCAGAAGUACGCGCACAUCCCGAUCCGGACGAAGAGUGAUGUCAUGAGGCUUCUCUCUCACAAUUUUUGCCAGUGUGAACGGGAGGAGAACAUCCUUAACCUGCCCUUUUCUGCCCAGCUCUUCUCCCAAGUGAAUGUAGCCACCUUCCAGAAUGCCUACAAUGCCAGCGAGCUGGAGGACGUGAAGAGGAGGCGCGCCCAGGAGUAUCGUAGCUUUCUGCAGAGGCACCAGUCAGCGGCCGAUCAGUUACUCUUUGCAAAAGCCAACAGCCCCCUGGAGUACCCAACACAAGGUUUGGAGGUGCGACCCCUGAAGACAAUCCUCAUUCCAGGUCUCAGCUUGCAGGCCCCCCCGAAAGAGAUUUACUGGGUGAACCUCACAGCAACCCUGGGCACCUUCAGUGUGGCUGCCGAGGUUGAGGAAGUGAAGGUCGCUGGGGACAAACAGAUGCUCCUUACCUUGUCCAGUCCUCGUCUGUCUCACCUGAACCGGCAGCUGGAGUUUGUCACCUACACCAACACCCUGUUUCACCCACACACAGCUGACACAGUGCAGUUUGGGACAGACGGACACCAGGCGUCUUUCACCAUCAAGAUCCGCCAUGCCGUGGUGCCAAAGCUUUAUGACACCGGAUCGGAGGACGGGUAUAACAUUAGCAACUUGGUCACCAUCGCCACCAAGACCUUCCUGCGCUAUGACAAACUCCGCACCCUGAUUGACAGCAUCCGGCGCUUCUACCCGACGGUCACCAUUGUCAUCGCAGAUGACAGCGAGCAGCCCGAGAGGGUCCAGGGGCCGUACAUCGAGCAAUACUUCAUGCCCUUUGGCAAGGGUUGGUUUGCCGGACGCAAUCUGGCCAUCUCUCAGGUGACCACCAAGUAUGUCCUCUGGGUUGACGACGACUUCAUCUUCAGCGGCAACACACGGGUGGAGAAGCUGGUGGACGUGCUGGAGAAGACCACCCUGGACCUGGUAGGGGGCGCCGUGAGGGAGAUCACGGGAUACACCACCACAUACCGGCAGCAGAUUGGCGUGGAGGCGGGCGGCGAGGCUGGUGACUGUCUGCACAUUCGCCGCGGCUACCACCACGUCAUUGAUGGAUUCCCCAACUGCGUCGUCACGGAUGGCGUCAUCAAUUUCUUCUUGGCCCGCACCGAGAAGCUGCAGCAGGUGGGCUUUGACCCACGACUGGCCAGGGUCGCCCAUUUAGAGUUCUUCAUCGAUGGCCUUGGGAUGCUCCAUGUGGGCUCGUGUGAUGACGUCAUUGUGAACCACGCUUCCAAGAUCAAGCUCCCCUGGACGCGGACAGAGAGCGAGAAGACAUACGCCAAGUUCCGCUACCCCAAGAGUUUCUAUGACUCGGCCCGCGUGAAGGAGACCCUCUUUUACUUCAAGAACCGCUUCAAGUGCAUGACGAGCAAUUAGUUGAAGUCCAGGGCCACGGCUCCUGAUUGCCAGGGAGUGCCUUCUUGAGUGCCAGUGACUCCUUCUACUCCUUUGUGCCCUGUUGGACUUGCUUCUCCAGCCAGCCAGUGCCAUCACCCCAUCAUCCUCCUGGGGAUUCUGAGAGGCCAACGCCAACCUGAUAUGUUUAGAUGGUGGGCACACCAAGGUGAGGAAUGUGACUACCUGGCCAGCCUCCCACAUGUGCCAAAGCAGUUAAAUGUCCCUGCCUUUUAGUUUUGAACUUCUCCAAGCCAGUGGACGAACGGGCAGGAGGGAGAGGACAAUCGAGAGGAGGCAUAAAAUGAUGGGGAAGGAGAGAAGAUGGAGGAAUAGAGAAGUAGACAAGAAGAUACUCUGUUCUGUGCCUCUUAUUCAAGCUGAUACCCCCCAUUGUCACAUUGGCAGCAGCUGUAGUGCCCCCUUUCAAAGUCGAUGGCUUGGAGGCCAGUUCCCCUAACUUGUGAGGUGACACAGGGGACAUGGCAAAGACAACAUGGAGUGUAGGAAGGGGCAGUGCAGAGGUGCAGUGUGGAGUGAUGACCAGCAGAGGGCAGACGAUCUCGACACGCUAGUCCUGCUCUGCUAAAUGAGACACUUGAAUGAUGGAGAUGGCCAGUUCAUUAAUUUAUUUAUUAUAAUCAUCAAUUCGUGUGCAAACAGAAAUGCAUAUCCUUCCACACGGAGGCGCCAUUGAGGCACUUUUAUGUCUCUUGAAUGUAAAUCUGGACACUUUCUGGGAUGCGGUGAUUGUUACAAAGUUCCCUCGGUUUUGUUUGUUUGCAAAGUGGCCUUAGGUAAAGUGUCACUCGGGGGUUGUGGUGAGGCACUGGAAAUUCGGAGCCCCCGAGUGACCAUCUAAAUGCUGUAUAAGUAAGGAGGGCACAGUUCUGGGUGGGACAGUAGGGUGUCAUGGGGGGUGCUUUUAUUUUUAGUGUUGCAUUGCCGCCAGCCGUGAGCGAGAGCCAUUCACCUUCACUGGCCACUCUUGGUCUUUGGUGAAGACCACUCUUUCUAGGGGGAUUUAGGGGCUUGUAAACAUCUAAAUGGCCACUAGGUGGGACUAUAACAAGUAUAUAGGGAGAAAUAGACAUUUCUGAAUGACCACUAAGGGGAAUUCAGAGAAGCCUGUAGGAGCAUGCAUUACUUCUGAAUGACCACUAAAGGAAUUCUAAAAAAGCAUUUAAGGACAAAGACACCUCCGAAUGAUUGCAAGAGGGAUUGUGAAAGUCUUUAGUGGACAGCAUACCUGUAGAUGACCAAUCUUUCCUUUUUCCGGCAGUGCUGCCCAUCUCUUAGGUCACCUGCAUCUCCAUCUUCGAAGCCGCGCUUCACUCGUAACAGAAACAAACCGGACAGCAGUGAACCCUACUGACGAAAGCCAUCCCCUAGUGGGAAUUACAUGAUGUGGACGCUAGGGGGAGACAAAGGGCAAGCCUUCAAACAGCCAUCCUGGAGCACGUGACCCGACUGUGCCACCAGAAAGAGGUUUUAGAAUUUGAGAAGGCUGUCAUCUUCAGAGCCGCUCAUCCACAGAUUGUUUCAAUGCGAGUGAAAUUGCUGGCAGCCUGCAGAUUUUUUUUUAUUCCAGUAGGGGGAGACAGAUGACCACUUAAGAGAUGGCAGGUCCUGACGUCGGCUGCAUGAUUGCCUGUCAUUUAAAAUUCAGGUUUAGUGUUGCAUGCCUGCGGUGGGCUGGCCCUGGGAUUGGCUCCAGCAGACCCCCGUGACCCUGUAGUUAGGAUAUCGUGGGUUGGAUAAUGGAUAGAUGGAUGUUGCAUGCAUGGAGUAGAAGGAAUGGUAGAAGUCUGUGAAAUGCCAGGAAUACAGAACUUGUCUUUGAAACCUGGAUGAGCCUCUAGGGGGCACCCUUGGACUUUUGGGUAACCAAUAAUUUGCUUGUAAAGGUUAAAGGAAAAGUCUGAGUUAACACACUGAGGACAUAUAGGAGGUAUGGGAGUUUGGGCAUCGGCAUGGCCACUAGGGGGCGUCUGAAUCAAACAAAGAGGGACAUACGCACACCUCUGCGUUAGCACAACAGGGCCUGUGAAAAGCUGUUAUGGAUAUGUGGACCUCUAAAUGGCCACUAUGGGAAUUCUGAGGUUUUAGUAGGUGCACCCACCUCUAAAUAACCAGAAGGAGUAUUAGGGGGGGAUAUUGAAUAGUAACUAGGGACAUACAGCAUUCUGAAUGGCCGCUAGAGAGACUUGGAGUGGCCAGUAGAGGGCAUGCAUACCUCUGAAUGACCACUAGGGGGCAUUGUGAAAAGCCUUUAUGGGAUGUAUACCUGUGGACGACCACUAGGAGGAUUCUGAAAAGCCAGUAGAGACUUAUAACCUUCUGAAUGACCAGUAGUGUCAACCAUAGCCCAGAGAGGCCACUAAGAGGAUUUUGAAUAACAAACGGGGACACAGUCAUCACGCAAUUACCAAUGCAUAGCCUGUGAAAAGCUUUUAGGGACACCUCUAAAUGGCCACUAGGGGGAUUGUGAACGGCAAAUUGGGUUAAACAUACUUCUGAAUGACCACUAGAGAGAUUUUGAAAAGCCAGUAGAGGGCAGAAAUGGGCACUAGGGGCAACUGCUAUAGCUCUGAGUGGCCACUAGGGGGGAUUCUGAAAAACCAAUUGUGAUAUACACCCCCUCUGAAUAGCUAGUAGGGUCACGCAUACCCCAGAGAAGCCACUAAGAAGAUUCUGAAUAACAGAAAGUGAAGCAGACCACUCCAGGGACUGGGAAGGGUUAUGUAUACCUCUGAAUAGCCACUAGGGGGAUUUUGAAAACCGUGUCUGGUGACAUUCCCACAUCCGAAUGACCAUUAGGGUCACCCAAACCUCAGAACUAUUGGAUAGUAAAUAGGGACAUAUGUGAUUCUGAAUGACCGCUAGAGAGACUUUGAAUGGCCAGUAGAGGGCAUGCAUACCUCUGAGUGGCCACUAGGGGGCUUCUGACAACUCAGUUUCAGUCAGCUACUAAGAAGAUUAUGAAUAACAAAAAUUGAAGAAGUCCCCUCUUAAUAACCACUCCAGGGACUGUGGAAAGUCCUUAGGGACUUGUACACCUCUAGAUGGCCACUAGGGGGAUUCAGAAAUUUUAGUAUAAGCACAUACUUCUGAAUAACCACUAGGGGGAUUCUGAAUUGCCAGAUGUGGCCAGGCAUACCUCUGAAUGGUAACUAGGGGUGACUGCGAAUUUCUAGUAGGGGCACACACCUCCAAAUCACCCACAAGAGGGAAAAAAACCUGCAGGGUGAAGUACACCUCUGAAUAACCACUAGGGGGCACCUCCGAAUGACCACUAGCUGGAUUGUGAGACGCCAGUAAGGUGAAUGGCCACUAGAGGGAUUGAAUGAACGUUCAGCAUGGGCACACAAACUCACUCACUCUCACACACACAUGAGGAUGGUCGCAACGGGAAUUCUGAAUAUCCCGUGGAAAUAAAGACACCUUCGAAUGACCAGUAGGGGGAGUCAGGGACAAAGAGACCUCUAAAUGAGCAUUAGUGGAAUGGAGCUCUGUGGGGGUCCCCAGUAAGGGUCCCUUCUGAAUUUUGCAAGCCUACUUGGAGUGACAGAAGUACCUUACCAGUCAUUACGGGCAUAAUGACUUUUAAAGAGCCACUUGGGGGAACAAACGUAUGAAAACUAUACGAGCGAUGCAGAAGUUCAAACCUACAGAAAACCAAUCUAUAACUGGUUCUGCUAUCCCGGGAAUAAAAAAAAAAUAGCAGAGAUUCCAGACUUUGCAUAAGCAAAGCCUAACAUGGAGUGAGCAGAAUUUUAUGUAGGUAUUUUAUAAGGGAAAACACCGAGGAUGAAAGAGCAAAUCCAAACAGCGGCCCUACGAGUACAGUACCUAGAAUGUCCACAAGGGGGGCACAGACAUCCAGCUUAAUGCAUUUCAGCCAUUUCCAAAUGGAGUCUCCCCGAGCUAUGACUUACAAUAACCACUAGGGGGACCCCUAAGCCCGUGGAUUCUUGUCAGUCAGCUUUAGACAGCCGCUAGCGCGAGAUGCAGCAGCUGGGGUAGCCACUAAAGGGCACAUACGUCACUUUGAGGGGUGCAGAGCGCUCUGUUGCUUUUUAUGAGGGACAGAGUAUCUGUGCCAGCCCCGAUCAAUGCUGCAGGAACAGAGAAGCCAAAUCAAUGCAACGGGUGCCCGCAGUGGCACUCCUGCGCUGAAUAGAGCCAAAGAAGGGCAGCCGCACUCCUCUGCGUUGGGCAGGGUUGCAGUAUGGCAGCGCCCAUCAGGACGGGCUCCUCGCAACACAAUCCACCAGAUGGCACCAUCUUUUGACUUUGUUUCUUUUGCCGCACGUUCCUUUGUUGUUUGAGGUUUCAAACGCGUGUAAACCUGAUCCAGGUUGCUUUUCUUUUUUUUUAUAUUGAGUUCUAUUUUUGAUAAGUUUUGCGCUUGAAAAUUCAAUAAAGGUAAAUGGAUUCUCUUGCCAGGGACGCCUGUUCCCAGGAUGUGGAUGCGAUUCGAUGGGCACAUAGCAAAGGGUGAGCAGGUGUGAGUGCCUGGUGUUUCCAGAACAUUCCUUCAGAUUGUUGGUGCCCAAGGGACAGGGAGGGGGCACAGACUAGAUGCUGGGUGCUAUAGAGUGGGCAAACCUGGCCUUGGCACACACCUCCUGCCAGCAUGAUGGCCCAAGCCCCCACCCACCCACAAUCCCGGCAUCUGACGGGACCCUCACUGACAAUGCAUGUUUUUUUUUUUUUUAAUAAAUGUGGCAGCUCAACUGUUUGAAUUCCUCUUGUACUUUGAAGACACAGAUACAUGAUGUCACUCUGGGCAUCUUACAGAUUUAUAAAAAGUGGCAAAUAAAAGAUUUUUUAGUCAG